AUGGCAAUGUACAAAACUCAAUUACUUUCCCAAGUAAUUUAUAAAUCUGAAAUGUUGCUAGGACUAUUAAUUGUAAAUAGGCUCAUAUUGAGCCUUGCCGUACUCAUAAUUCAUGAAUCUAAAUUAGAUGUUCUAAAUCAUGCUUUAUACAUUCUAGGACUAUUUCAAGUGCGUUACUUUUGCAGUGCUCCUAAAAAUGCACAAUUCCGUGAACAGUGGGAGAAAGCCAUUGAUGAAGUUACAAAGUAUACUGGUAUACACCAUUUUGAUGUAGCAGUGACCAGUUGGGUUAUGCCUUCAAAAAGGCUCAUUUUACAAGAAUUAAUAGAAUGUGACAAGUGGAUUGCUGUGGAUCAUCACCUCUGUCAUGCGACUCUGGGAUUCUAUGAUUCUCCUUUCCAAAAUGCAUUAAUUUUAUCGUAUGAUGGUGGAGGUAAUGAUGGAACAUUUAACAUCUACAGUGGUACAAGAAAGGAUUAUAAAAUACAGCUAAUUAAAAAGAUCGGGCUAAAUUUAGGUACGCCGUAUCGCCAAUUGGCAACAUGUAUGCCAGAAGUUACCGGUAAAACGUUUUCUAAUGAUGAACCAACAAAUUAUAUGAGAUUCGCUCCGUUGGCUCUUUCUGGCAAAGUAAUGGGUUACGCAGCUUUAGGUAAAGUGCGUAAGGAAUGGCACCAGGAACUUUCCGAUUAUUAUAAAUGGUUUGUGACUCCGUUGCAAGCAAUUUUUUCACUUGGAGAUCAGCUCAAUCUUAAUUUAGAACCAAAUGCCUUAGAUAAUGAAAAUGCUAGAGAUCUUGCUGCAUCAAGUCAGAAAGUAUUUGAAGAAUUACUGUGUGCGGAAGUUAAUAAGUGUCUUUGUACUCUUCGGGAGACUGGCCAAGAUAUCGAUGGUAUUGUAUUGACUGGGGGAUGUGCCUUGAAUGUAAAUGCAAAUUAUGAAGUUGCUAAAGACUUUGGUUAUCCUGUGCAUGUACCUUCCGCUCCCAAUGACUGUGGCAUCAGCAUUGGAGCAGCAUGGCAAGUAACACCGCCUAUACAACACUUUCCAACUCAAUACUGUGGUUUGCCUCUUCAUGGAUUAGACAGCUUAACAAAACUUGCUCAAGAGCGUAACGCAAGAGUUGUAACAAUAACGGAGCUUGCGGAAAUUAUUGCAAAUGGUGCAAUAAUUGGUAUAGCUCGCGGAAGACAAGAAUUCGGUCCUCGUGCCCUUGGUCACAGAUCAAUUGUAUGCUACCCUAACAAGCAAGAAUUAAAAGAUAAAAUUAAUCGAUUGAAAUCAAGGCAAUGGUUUCGACCGUUAUGUCCAUCAGUUACAGUCGAAUGUGCUAGGGACAUCUUUGAAGUCUGUAGUAGUUCGGAAGGUGCCGUUGUAAAAUCAUGCAUCUCUAGUAAUGGUAGCAAAGGAUGGAUUCCUGCAUCUCCUUAUAUGUCAUUCGCAGUACCAUUAACUGCACAAGCGAAAGAAAUGUUUCCUGCUAUAUCUCACUUUGAUGGAACUGCUAGGCUUCAAACUGUAAGCAAUGAAGAUGAACCUUGGUAUCAUUCGCUGCUCGUAGCCAUAGGGCAGAAAACUAAUGGAAAAGAAAUUCUUCUAAAUACUUCAUUUAAUGUGAAAGGUAAACCCAUUCUAAAUAAUGUCAAUACAGCGUUGGAAAUUUUAGAUAAUAAUCAAUCAGACACGCUAGAUUACGUUUUAAUUGAAGAUUACCUAUUUCAAAAAUCGUUAUAG